AUGGCACGCGUUGCUCAAUCCGAACUCAUGCCCGACUUCACUGGUCGUGUCCUCAAUGGCUAUCAUCUCCUCGAGUCUCUGGGAUCCGGCGCGUAUGGAAAGGUCUACCGUGCCUCCGACACUACCGCGAAGGCCAGGUUCUAUGCGAUCAAAUGCUUGAACAAGCCUGCGCCCGGUUCCCACACCGAGUUGCUCCAACAACGAGAGUUUGCCAACCACAAGCUGGUCUCUGGGCAUCCCAAUGUCGUCGCUUUCCAUCACCAUUUCAACGACGACAGGUUCGUCUACGUCGUCUUGGAUUUGUGCUGUGGAGGCGACUUGUUCGCGGCGAUUACGGAGAGGCAGAUCUUUCAAGACAACACCGAGCUUAUCAGGAGUGCUUUCCUUCAACUCAUAGAUGGGGUCCAGUACUGCCAUGACUUGGGUAUUUUUCACCGAGACAUAAAGCCUGAGAAUGUCCUAUGUUCUCGGGACGGCACGGAUGUGCGCUUGGCCGAUUUCGGACUGUCGAUUCAAAGUCCAGUCUGUAGUGAUUUCGGCUGUGGAAGUUCUUAUUAUAUGAGCCCAGAAUGUAUUGGAAAAGGAAUCACCUCCGGCAUAUAUUCAACUCGACAUAACGACGUUUGGGCACUAGGCGUCAUUUUGACCAACAUGAUCACUGGACGCAACCCUUGGCGAUAUGCUACUUCUGACGACGAAUGUUUUUCGGCAUUCAUUCACGACAAUAACUUCCUUCGUCGUGUUUUGCCCAUCUCAGAAGAGAUCAACACGCUUCUGAAGAAGAUUUUCACCAUGAACCCGCUGAGCCGAAUCUCCCUUCCAGCACUGCGCGCCGAAAUCCUUCAGAUCAAGGAAUUCUUCGACUAUGAGCAUCAGGAGACAUCCAGGGCACAGGAAGAUAUCAAGAAGACUCCAUCUGCUGAGGCCGGUCGACCAGUUGUGUCUAAGCCUGCAGCGGAGAGAUCUAUCUUUUCCCAGCACUCUCGGGGUUCCGAUGAGUGCUAUAUCUUCCCUAGUCCUGUCGUCGACCACCCAUACAUUGCUCAUGCUCGGAAAGUUCCUUCUUCUUUUCGGGAUAUCGACCCUGUCAACAACGCGCUGGGUAUCUUCACUAUCGGCGAUUCGGUGGAAUCCCGUUCGGAACCAUCAUCGGGUUCUUCAUCGGGUCCAGAGAGUAGAGGCCCCAUCACACCGGCUGCAAAUGCAGUAGAGCCUUCGGUUGCAGUGCCCGACAUCCCGGAGGAAGAGGGGCUCGGAGAACCUGUACGACUUCCAAGUACCACAUUCCUCAGCAAGUUCAGACCAAUUAGCGUCAAAGCCAAACGAUCUCGAGGAGGCGAUUUCUUCCGUUCAGCCAUUCAACGGCUCCGAGGAUUGUCGACUUCCAAGAGUGCCUGA